GGUGCAGUCACACUGUAGCUGUUGAGCAGCCCCUAGCCUAGCUAGAUGUACGUACGUGUGUGUGCGAACUUGUCCCUCUUGCUGAACGUGUGUUUGCGGUUAUGGGGACUGGGGGUUAAGACCCUCUUCCUAUAGGGUUAUUGUUUUUGUGGACUAGGGAUUUGAGACCCUCCUCACGUCACGCUGAGGGGGUUGUCUGUCCGUGUGUGGAGGGGGUUAUUCUGUGUGUGUGUGUGGGACCUAGCUCCAAGCUGGCGGAUCGGGAGGACUCAGAUUGCUGGGAUCAGAUGAUCCAUCUUCAGCUGACCAUCUCAGGGGACUGGCCAGCACCCUGUGACUCCCAGCGGGUGGAGAUGCCCAGGAGAGAGAUGGAGGUGGUGAAGGGUCAGAUGGUAGUCCUACAGGCCUGGUACAGCCCCACAUCUGAUAUUGGCAGGAACAGCGUCAUCUGGAACUUCAUGGCCAACGACUCCAAGCAGGUCAUCUCCUACAGUAAUGGUGAGCCAGGGAUAGGUAGUCCUGAGUUCAGGAAGCGUGUUGGGUUCAGCCUGUCCAUGCCCUCGUCCAAUCUCUCCAUCUACAUCAACAACACCCAGGAGUCAGACUCAGGACGAUACCUCUGCAAUGUCAUCAUCCCUGGAGCCGCCGGUCUCUCUGGAGAAAUGCGCCUCAAUGUCAAAGUCCCUCCCUCGCCUCCAGUGUGCACGAUGACUGGGUCAUCUGUGCUGAAUGGCAAUGUGACACUAAGCUGUAAAUCCAGUUCGGGCGAACCCAUCCCUCAUUACAAAUGGACCAAGAAUGCCCCCAUGUCAGAGGUCUUCUUUUCCCCCAUGCAGAAUGAGAGGCAAGGUACCCUCAGGUUGAGUAACCUCACUAAGAGCAUGUCAGGGAAAUAUGUGUGCCGAGCUAGCAACACUGCCGGUUCUGACACUUGCUCUAUCAACCUGGAGGUCUUCACCUCCUCUAAUUCUGGAGCGAUUGCUGCUGCUACUCUGGGGUCCAUCGUGGGACUGGUAGCCAUCAUACUCUUCCUCAUCUUCAUGCUGAGGAGGAGAGACCACGAAGAGGAGGAGAUAGCCAAUGAUAUCAAGGAGGAUGCCCAGGCACCCAAGCGUGUUUCCUGGGCAAAGAGUGGCACAGGCUCAGACAUCAUCUCCAAAAAUGGCACGCUGUCAUCCAUAGCCACGAGCCCCCAUCCGGGAGACCCCCAGCCUCAAAACUUCCCCUACCCCACUGCACCGGCCUCUGACACAGGCUCUGUGCUCAACGCCUACCGCCUUCGGCCUGGAGAGCUCAACCCCCUGCAGGGCCUCCCAGGGUACAUCAGUGGCACACUUCCACCCAGGCACACCAGACCCCUCUGUGUUGCUAACAACAUUGAUGCCACCUAUCCACAAGGGCACAGUCGACCCCCCAGUUCUAACCACAUCAGUGGGACUCCACCCCCUGGCCACACCCGGCUCCUCAGCACGAGUAUCAUUGUUGACACUCCUCCCCAUGGGUUCAGUCAACCACCCAGUUUUAACCAUGUUGGUGUCACCUCUCCACAUGGGUACAGCAGACCCCAUAGUUCUAACAACAUUGGUGCCCCCUCCCCCCAGGGGCACAGUCGACCCCCAAGUUCUAACAAUAUCGGCGCCCUCUCUCCACAUGGGCACAGCAGACCACCAAGCUUGAACCACAUCAGUGGCAGCUCUCCACAAAGGCACAGCCAACCCCCCAGUUCCAACCACAGCCGACCCCCCAGCAUCAGUAGCAUGCCUCACUAUGGACACAGCAGAUCCUCCAGUUCUAACGGUGCCCCACCUCAUUCCCCACCUGGCCACAUGGUCACAGACCCCGACAAGACUAAGGGGGCCCAGCCCCAGGUACCACGCCCUCUCACCUCGCCCAUCAGCUCCACCACCCUGGCCCGUAUGGGGGCUGUGCCCGUCAUGGUGCCCGCUCAGAGCCAGGCUGGAUCACUGGUAUAGCCCACUGGAGGGUCUCCCGUGUUACUACUGAACACAAACUGAAGCAAAUGGAUAAAGACUUCCUCAAAGGAAGAUUGCACAGAGUAGAGAAGGAUUUGCUUGGAAUUAAAAACACUUUUUUAUUGUGAUCGUUCAAAAUGAUGUUCGGAGUAGAAAGAAGAGCUCAUGCUGAAGAAGACACUUGUGGAAUCUCCUGUAUUCAAGUCUGCACAAGUUCAAAGACUUAAUUGAUUUGUUUUUAUUCUUUUAGCUGUUUUCAAAUAUUUUUUGCUAAAUAAAUGUUUUUGCUUUUA